AGCAUGGCAAAUGAUGUCAAGCGAUGUCGACUCAGCGAUCUUGCAGGAGGGUCUUUCUGGCCCUUCUGAUCAGUCAAUGUAUCUGAACAAUCUGGCCAUCAGUCUUCAAGCCAGACUCGAGCAACAGGGUGUCCUGUCUGACCUGGAUGAGGCCAUCGAGCGUUACAGAGUUGUACUUCCACUCCGUUCCCCUGAUCAUCCUGGUCGAUCCACGACUCUCAACAAACUUACCAUCAGCCUUUAUGACAGAUGGAGGCGGCGGGGCUCUCCGUCUGACCUGGAUGAGGCCAUCACACUCCAUGCUGCCACCCUAGCACUAUGUCUCCCUGGCCAUAUUCCCCAAUUGGAGUAUAUCAACAACCUUGCCACCAGUCUUCGUGGCCGAUUUCAGCAGCACGGAACCCUGUCUGAACUGGAAGAUGCCAUCGAGCUCCACAGAGCUACACCCAUAUUCUGUCCACCUCACCAUGCUCUUCGAUCCAAUUAUAUGAACAACCUUUCCAUCAGCCUUUGUGACAACAGGGCGCUGUCUCACUUGGAUGAGGCAAUCGAGUUCUACCGGGCAGCACUCGCACUGCGUCCUCCUGGCCAUUCUCUCUGAUUCAUGUCUCGACGACCUUGCCACUAGCCUUCCAACUGGAUUCGCGAAAUGUGCCGCCCCAUCUGACCUGGACGAGGGAGGCCAUUAAGCUCCAUAUAGCUGCAGUCACGCUCCGUCCCCCUGACAAUCCUAGGCGAUUCGUAUUUCUCUACCACCUUGACAUUAACCCUGAAACCAUGUUCGAGCCGUAGGGUGUAUCAUCAGACUUGGAUGAGGCAUAUAGGCUGUAUAUGCAGCUCUCAAAAAUAUCUCAUUCAGUCUCUCGCCAAUGGGGUACACCAAUGAACAGAUAAAACACCACUCUGCCUUGCUUACCGUAUUCGUUCACAUAUGGCACUUAGUUUGAGACUCAUUCCCCGAUCUUUUAAACAUUUAGAGUACCGAACUUAUGCUCUAUCGUGUCGGCAUAAAAUAUCAUAUAGUUUUCUCAAG